GCAGCCGCAGCGCGCAGGCGUGCGGGGCGGCUCGGAAACGAAUUCUGCGCGGGGAAGCUCGGGAGCGAGGCGGCGGCGGCGCUGGGCCGGCGGCGGAGGCAGCGGCGGCGAUUCCACGUGCUCCGCGCGGCCGGUUGAAACUGUUGGCGGACGGCCGCCGAGAGGACAAGACUUAAAUCCUAUCUUGGAUAGAGAAUAUUUUAUCAUUUAGCUAAAAAUGGUAUUUUUUACAUGUAAUGCAUGUGGUGAAUCAGUGAAGAAAAUGCAAGUGGAAAAGCAUGUGUCUAUUUGCAGAAACUGUGAAUGCCUUUCGUGCAUUGACUGUGGUAAAGACUUCUGGGGUGACGACUAUAAAAACCAUGUGAAAUGCAUAAGUGAAGAGCAGAAGUAUGGGGGCAAAGGUUAUGCAGGCAAAGCCCACAAAGGCGAUAUGAAACAGCAGGCAUGGAUCCAGAAAGUUAAUGAAUUAAUAAAAAGACCCAAUGUCAGCCCCAAAGUGAGGAAUCUUUUAGAGCAAAUCAGUGGUUUUGACAACAUUCCCAGGAAAAAGGCGAAAUUUCAGAAUUGGAUGAAGAACAGUUUAAAAGUUCAUAAUGAAUCUAUUCUGGAGCAGGUGUGGAAUAUCUUUUCUGAAGCUUCCAGCAGUGAACCAGUCAGUAACGGGCAAGGUCAGCGGCCACUCAACCACGUGGCAAGCCCCCCUGCAGAAAUCUCCACCAAGGUGCCACCUUCCAAAGCAAAUGACACCACGGAAGGACAAGCAGAGGUGAAGAAGAAUAAAAAAGAGAGGAAGGAAGAGCGGCAGAAGAAUAGAAAAAAAGAGAAGAAAGAACUAAAGUUAGCAAACCACCAAGGGAACUCAAAGAGUCAGAAGCCUAAAAAGCGCAAAACAGGACAGGUGGCUGGAGGGGAGGACGCCCCCGAGCCCACCGGCUCCAUGGGGAAGAAGAGCCAGAAGAAAAGAAACAAAGGCAAGCUUAUGGUGGACCAAGGCGUGGAUGGAGAUGGCGCCUUCCGGAGAGACACGGGCAAGGAAAAGACCAAAGCCGGUCCCGGAAAAAGAAAGCGGAAGCUUUCGGAAGUUGAAGCAGAUUCUAAGAAGAAAAAGAUAAAGUUCUCAGGACAAUCAGAGGGUGGAGAACCGGAAAACCAUGAAGUUCUUGCAAAAGGUAAAUUCAACUGGAAGGGAACUAUUAAAGCAAUUCUGAAACAGGCCCCAGACAAUGAAAUAGCAGUCAAAAAGUUAAGGAAAAAGGUUUUAGCUCAGUAUUACGCUGUGACAAAUGAACACCACAAGUCUCAAGAGGACGUCCUGGUCAUCUUUAACAAGAAAAUCAGCAAUAACUCCACCUUUAAGUUAUUAAAGGACAAAGUCAAGCUUUUGAAAUGAACAUUUUUAUAUUUAUAAAUUGAAUCUAUUCUGUUGAUUUCUUUUCAUUGCUGUUUUUAAAACAUUUGAUGAGUUAUAGCAACUCAAAUUUUGCUUUCCACAGCUGUAUUUUUAAGUUAAGAAAAAAUAUAUAUUUUUGGUAGAACUUUUA